AUGGAUGAACGUGUUUUGUCCUCAACGCUCAGUGAAAAAUCACAGUACUUCGACGCACUCCAGUACCCUCCUGAGAAAGUCAAGAAAUCUAGCAGUCAGGGGCAAAACGUCUCGAUGCCGAAAAAUUCAGGAAACACUCCUACGCCAAACGGUCAUAUCUCGGGCUCAAAGGCCUCGCCUCCAAAAGAAGAUAGCGGUACGGAGGACAGCCACGAGUUCGCGAAGCGCAAUAGCGGAGAUCACUCAGGUCGCAGUAGGACACCCUCCAUCCAAUCGCUUCCCGUGUGUGCAGAGGACACAGACGAGGAUGCACCUCUCCCUGAUAGUAUGGAAGGCGAACGCAGCACGGCGCUGGGAAGAAAGGCCUCUGUGCGCACAACAAGAAGCACUCGCACAACUAGAUCGGUAGCUGAGGCGACAGCAGCCUUUCAGAGCGGGUCAGUUCUCACCGGUCCAUCCGCAGAGCCAGAAGUAGAUGCCGCUGUGGUCCUCCGGGGCGCCAUUGCUGAGAGAUCCUUGAGUAAGAAGCAGAAAGAAAAAAUCAUAAAGGAUGAACAGCGAGAGUCGAAGUCUUUUUCCAAGCUUUUGAAGACAGAGUCUAAGUUGGAAAAAGCUGCAUUGGCACGGGCCCUCAAGUCUCUCGCGGCUCUGCAAGAUCUUCACAAGGCCGCCUGCAAAGUCGAGGCGAAAGCGGAGGCAGCCCACUCCAAGUCACUCUUGGCCGCUCAGAAAGCCGAGAGCAUGUUCCUUGAAGCAAGGGCUCGUGCUGAGGAGGAGCGUGCACAUUGGGAGGGCAAGCAAGUGGAGGUCAAAGCUCAGGAGGAUCGCUUGGAAGCGGAGAGAGAAAUUGUAAGGGAGGUAGAGGACCGCAUGGCAGAAUGCGCCCGCGAGAUCGAAAAAUUGAGAAUCCUAAAGGCUACAGACGAGAGAGAAAGGGAAGCCAAGAUGGCGGAAAUGUUGGGAAAGAAAACAUGA